UGAGCUAAAUAUGUCGGCUGUGUUUAAUGUAUAGCCAAUAAAUUGAGUCGCGUUCAUCCUUAAGAAUAUUAUCAGAAGAAAUGGCUGCCAACAUUGUCGCAGUAGCCGCUGCUGCUCAAGAAGUAGAUCCUGUGCUUAAAAAGGCAAUCAAAUUGUUGCAUUCAACAAAUCCUACGUCAGCAUCGGAACUUCGCAUGCUACUGGAUGAAGCGAUUAAAUUGCGAUUUGGUCCGGACAAGAUGAUAUCAAAAAACAUGAGCCAGCGUAUGGUGGACGACGAAGCCAAUUUUCCAGGACGUGCAACCCCACAACCGCCAGCACAGGCUAUGGCCACCGAUGAGAUUAUCAAUUUGACCAACUCGCCGGAUAAGGUGCCCGCAGACUCGCCCGAUACCAUUGCAGAUUCCGAUGAUGGCAGCGCCGCAGGAAUAGCCAUGAGCGGUGUUGUGAAUACAGGCGACACUGGCGACUUUGGUGAUUUGAAUUGCUGUGUCUGUGGCGAAAUGGUGUAUAAGGCGACUAAUCGACUAAUUGAGUGCUCAGAGUGCGGUGCACUUUAUCACCAAGAAUGCCAUAAGCCGCCCAUUACCAAUGAGGAGGCUGCAGAUGAUCAGGUGCAUAUCUGGCAAUGCGAUACUUGUACCAAUAAGCCCUCAACUAGUCGGGCAGCUGCCAUAGUCAUUCCCACUGCCACACCAACUGUAGUAAUACCCGAUGAGCCCAUACCGCUGGCAACCAAGAGCAAAUCAUCCGUGCCCUCGUCGCGUUCAUCGACAUCUUCGAAUUCGUCGUCGCCGUUCUACAAGCCCGAGAUGAGUAGCUCCACAAAUGUCAGCAGCAGCAGUAGUAGCAAACAUGGACACAAGUCUUCCUCCUCGUCAUCUUCAAAAUCCCACAAGGAAGACCGCUCCAGUCGAUCUGUGGCGCCUGCGUUAACUAACAUCGCCGCAGCAGAGAAGCACAGCAGCAGCAGCACUUCAUCGUCGCGGCGUGGCAGCUCGACUGCCAAAUCCAGUAAGAGCAAGCACCAUGACAGCAGCAGUAAACGCAGAUCAAAAUAAUAGAUACUUAACUUUUAAUACA